AUGACCGCCCACGUUGGAAUUUUACCACUUUCUGUCAUUGAUGCCCUCACACUUCACUUGAAUGACAAGGUUAACGAAUCUGCGGCACCACUCUGGCGCCUUCCCCAUCCCCGUACUGGCCUUGCAUGUUUAUUCUUGCCUCAAGAGAAGCUUGUGGAUCCGUCUCAUCCAAGACAGAAAAUGUCAAUACUAGAAAUACAGUCUGUCACCCCCCCAAACACCCGCUCAUGGUUUAUCGGGGAGGAAGUAGUUUCAGUAUCAUCAAAACGAGGUGUAGAUGGGAAAUUGCUCUUAAUGACGCCUGUGGAUCCUGCCUUCCUGAUAAUUCAGAUACUACUUGCUUCACAACCUAAUGACGGAUCACCUGGAAAUUUUCGACCAAUAGAUGAUAUCUUCGAAGAAGCUGCUGUCAAGCUCGCUAAAACGCCGAUUGAAUCUACUCCAGCCGUACAAGAUGCAUCCGCAAUACCAUCUCAGAGGGAUAUCAUGCAACUCGCUUCAUUGGACUGCAUUAAAGCAGCCAUGAGUCAGAUAACAACUGAAAUUACGGUGUACCGCUUUUCACCAGAUAAUUUAUUGGCCUAUUUACGAUCAAAAGUAGAGAGACUAUCAAAACCUGAAAUUCUCGAGAAGUCACGUAGCUUGAUACGCAGCAUGGCUAAGGACGGGUUGAUGGAGGAUGGAAGAGAGGACCUGCUAGAACUUGGUCGUGUAAAAGCUGCUUGUGAUCUUAUCUCUCAAUAUAUUCCACCAAGUAUAUACCAGACACUACUGUCAUCCUACGAUUUCACCGCGCUGAAUGCCUAUCUCAAAACAUUUUCAAACGAGCAGGCAGCGCUUCUUGCGACCAAUGCCAAUACGAGCAAAUCGAAGAAGAAAAAUGCAGCUACAAAUGAAGAGGACACGGGGAAGAAACGCAAAAACCAGGUUAAAUCAUCAAAUGGCGUGGAAAAGUUGAAGAAGGCAAAUGUAAAUGGGAUGUCAAAGCUGUCGAGUUUCUUCAAGAAGGCAGAUGCAUAA